AUGGCCCGUGGAUCCUCAAUUCCAUUGACCUUUCCGGCGGUUCGAGUCAGGGCUCGCCCUCAGGCUUGGGUAGACACUCCUCAGCUGAUCUACUCACAAUGGAAUGAAGCCGCAGGUGGAAUAGAGGAGCCUCUUGGGUACUUGCCCGAGGACUUCAAGAUAUGUCUCAUAGGAGCCGGUAUCUGCAACUUGAUAAUGGCGUUCAACUUACGAAAGGCUGGCGCUGAUGUCACUAUCAUAGAGGCAAGCGGUGAAGUCGGAGGUCGGUUGCGGUCAACGGUAACGGCAGAUGGAGUGAAUGUCGCCGAGAUGGGCGCCAUGCGUUUUCCCCCUUCUGAAGACCUUCUCUAUUACUAUGCUGAAGCGUUUGGAUUCACCUUCAUGGCCGACUUCCCGGAUCCUGGGAAAGUGCCUACCGUUGUGUCCUACCAAGGGGAAGCUCAUAGGUGGAUCACUCAGAAAGAAGCUCCCGUGGGCUUUGACAAGGUAGACCGCGCCUGGAAGAGCUUCAUCAACGAGGGUUUGCGCAAACAAGGCCAUACCAUUAUUGAAUCUUCGCGGCAAAUGACCGAAUGGCUGCAGUCUCCGAAUCCUUUCGUUCGAGUCCGCGCGACAUCUGCCUGGCAGAGGUAUCUUGACGAAUUUGGGAACCAUAGCUUCUACACCGGCCUCCAACGUAUCUUCGGUCCGCAGCACGACUGGGACGUUCCAGGUGGCGAAGCCUGGGAUGAUGACGACUUCGAACGGUUCGGCCUUCUGGGGAUAGGCUCGGGAGGGUUCGGCCCCGUCUUCCCCGUGGGAUUCAACUCGGUGUUUCGACUUGUCGUCAAUGGUCUUGAAACGGACCAAGCCAGUUUUGCGAAGAUUUCAGGUGGAAAGCUUCGGCCGGCUGGCAUCCAGGAAUUGGCUUUGGAAAUAUGGAAUAAGGCCACGGCAAUGGGCGUCAAAACCCACCUCAACACAACUGGAAAGGUCGUUGGCUGUAGCAGGGACACAGGCGGAGAGCCUUUUGUCACUGUCCAAGAGACGGUUGACAAAACCGAGCCGACAAGACAUGUCAACUACGAUUUUGUUUUCGUUGGAACGACCAGUCGCGCUAUGGACCUCAGUGUCUCCCUGACUGAUCAUCAGCCCAACGGUGACCGACUUCUCUCUCCGAAGAUUUGCACUGGCAUCAAUCACCUCCACAUGACAUCUUCUUCCAAAGUUUUCAUCAGAACAAAGAAGUUUUGGGAAAAUAAGGAGCCCAACUUCACUCGAGUCAUCCUCUCCGACACCAAGUCACCUCAAACGUAUACUUUGGACUACGGUCACGAAGAGUACGGCAUGGUGUUGAUCAGCUAUACGUGGGAGGACUUAUCAUCCCAGAUGAUGGCUGUCCAGGACUCCGCGACGCUACUUGAGGUUCUCAAACGACAAAUCGCCAUCGUUAUGCGCAAGACCGAACAUCCUGAUUAUGCCGACCACCUCAUCCCGGUGACGCCUGACGAUAUUUACGUCAUCCAUUGGCAAUUGGACCCUCAUGCAUACGGGGCCUUUUCACUCCCAUUGCCCGGACAGGACAGAUACGUGGCGGCGAUGUUCUACGAUUUUGAGAAACUCAGCAGGGACAUUGAAUCCCGUGUUCUGAUUGGCAGUGAUUGCACCUCUUGGCUUGGAGGCUGGAUUGAUGGAGGUCUGCAACCGGUACAUAACAAUCUUGCAGCAUUGUUCAAACGGUUUGGCUCGUUGACCGAGUCAGCAGCACAUCUUGCGCCGGUCAACAUUCUUGACUCCAAUUUGUACAGAUACUAG